UCGCUGAGCCACCCACCAUCAGCAAUCAGCUAGAUACCUUGAAGACCGAAGUCCAGCAACUGUAGCUGCCUAACAAGAAUGGCAACAGCACACAGCAUUACAAAAUGCAAACUUUUCAAAUUGAGAAGUUCGAUGAYUACACGCAUCAGGACCCGGUCCUCUGGUGGGAAGGUUUCACGAUGCAACUUCGGAUUCUGCAAGUCGCCAAGCACGCGUACGUCGGCGCCCUAUUUCUUAACUCAAAGGGCGGAUGCCAGAUCUGGUUAAGCCACCUGACAUCCACCCACGACGUCGACGUCGCAGAUCUGAAAGACAAAAUCUCAUGGGAAGAGUUAACACGGCUAUGGAAGAAGCGGUUCAUCGUGGACGACGCACCUGCACUCGCCAUCAACCGUCUCUUCGCCAUGACGCAAGGCAACACAGCAACACGUGACUGGCUCACGGAAUGGCAGAAGAUCGCGGCAACACCCAAUCUGGACUUACCAUUUUCGCAUUUGCGCCGCGAGUUCUAUAACAGGUCAUGUGCUGCAUUGAGCCUCGCACUGGGUGAUCGCGAGCAGUAUGCAACCUUCGCUGAGAUCAUUGACAAGGCGAGGGAGAUCAUCAAGACCAAUAGGGCGGCUGCACACGAUAGGUCAGCGUGGCAGCCAACCUAUGUGGAGAAGGUAAAGACUGGUCCGCGACAGCAGCAGUUCGCUGCAGUCCAAUCGGACAACAGUGUGGAAGUCCCGGCAGCCACCCAAGCGUCAAGUGAGGGAGAUCAGGUGGCUGUUGUCCAGCCGGCGAAGCAACAACAAGCCCCGAGUGAGGCGACUCCACCUCCCACUCCGCCAGAUUCGGCCGCCUUGCUAGCGGCCUCCUACACAUCUGGGGAGGAUGCGAAUGUCGUAAGUUCUCGGUAUGCUUACAAGGACUAUGCUGUCCACUUGGUCCCACCGCUGGACCAACCGCUCCACGUGCAACAAUCUACCGCAUGCACGGUUUCAUCACCAUCGGCAACCGAUUCGGCAGCUUCGCCGCCAUCUACCGCCAGGGAUUCAACGUCAUGGUCAAGACUUGAAGAGCUCGACCUGUUGACAUUUGCGGACUUCCAAUGGAUGCCCCUUCCCCAAUCUGGUCGAUUGCCAAAACCGCAUUGCAACGUGCUCGAGGCACAAUUGCGGGAUUACUUGCACACUGCAGUACCAACUCCGUUAAUGGAUGCCGAAGUAGAGGUUGUCGACCUUCACACCUACAUUGCGAAGAUCGACCGCGAGUUCAAAACGCAACGGUACGACGACAUCGACGCACCAUUGCUACAGAUCGGAGAGGCGACCUGCAGCGCUUUGAUCGAUUGCGGAGCAUCUCGCAACUACAUGAGUCAGGACUUCAUGGUACGCGCCGGCCUUGGCCCACGAGUCCGAAGGAAGUCCCAACCCACGCAAGUCACGUUGGCGGACGAUCACACGCACAAGUCAAUCGACCGGUGCAUUGAUGACGUCCCAGUGUACUUUGCCCCUCACGCAAGUGAGGCGGUGUCCUUUGACAUUCUGGACACCAAAUUCGACAUGAUCUUGGGCAUGUCAUGGCUGCGAAGCGAGGAYCACCCGGUGRACUUCUACCGYCGCACCRUUCACRUUCGUGAUCGGAACGGAGUACUAGUCCCAUGCACGGUAGCUCCUCCUCACCCUUCAGUCAACUGUCACGUGGUAUCCGCUGCAAGCAUGCGAGCUUCCAUCAUUAGAGACGACAUCGAGGAGAUGGGGGUGUGUUUUCUCCACGCCCUCCCGCCCCAUGACGCUUCACCGAUGGACUCAUCUUCGGAUCCACUCAUCACCGAGCUUCUCGACGCCUAUGGUGACGUGUUUGAAGGCCCGCACGGAGUAGUACCGGAUCGGCCCAUCCGCCACGAGAUCAUCCUCGAGGACGGGGCCGUACCUCCGGGCGGUUGCAUCUACCGAAUGAGCGAGGAAGAGUUAAGUGUGCUACGGGCACAACUCGAUGACCUUCUAGAGAAAGGCUGGAUACUGCCUAGCUCAUCGCCAUACGGCGCUCGUGUUCUCUUCGCCCGGAAGAAGAGCAAGGAUUUGCGGUUGUGCAUCGAUUAUCGCAAGCUCAACGCGCAGACGAUCAGAAACACUGGCCCUCUCCCACGCAUCGAUGACCUUCUCGAACGACUGGGCGGCGCCAAGUUCUUCUCCAAGCUUGACCUCAAGUCGGGAUAUCACCAACUCGAGAUUCGCAAGGAGGACCGCUACAAGACCGCGUUUAAAACGCGAUAUGGGCAUUUCGAAUGGCUGGUUAUGCCAUUUGGCCUUACGAAUGCCCCGACCACUUUCCAAGCGGCUAUGACAACGGAGUUCCGACACAUGCUGGAUCGAUACGUACUUAUCUACCUCGACGACAUCCUGGUGUACAGCCGGAGUUUGAACGAGCAUGUGGAACACCUGCGCACCAUUUUGGAGCGGCUACGACAAGCCAAGUACAAAGCCAACCGCGACAAGUGCGAAUUCGCGCAGCAGGAGCUGGAGUACUUAGGACAUUAUGUGACGCCGCAAGGCAUCCUUCCGCUUGCGGACAAGAUCGAGGCCCUACGAGUGUGGCCCGAGCCCACCAACACCACGGACGUUCGUUCAUUCAUGGGAUUGGCGGGCUACUAUCAGCGAUUCAUCACUGGAUACUCAAGGAUUAUUGCACCUAUGACGAGAUUACAAUCGCCAAAGGUGCCAUUCAUAUUCGAUGACAACGCACGCCGGUCAUUCCAAGCACUCAAGACGGCCAUGCUCAUGGCACCCGUCCUUAGCAUCUAUGACCCCACCCUGCCGACGAGAGUGACUACGGACGCUUCCGGCUAUGGCAUUGGGGCAGUCUUGGAACAGCACGACGGCGACGACUGGCACCCUGUGGAGUAUUUCAGCCACAAAGUGCCUCCCAUCAACUCGCUUGAUAAUGCAAGGAAGAAGGAGCUGCUCGCGUUCGUGAUGGCUCUCAAGCGAUGGCGGCACUUCCUCCUUGGGCGUCGUAGGUUCACAUGGGUUACGGACAACAACCCACUAACUUACUACAAGACGCAGGAUACGGUGAGCAGCACGAUACGAUGGAUGUACUUCAUCGACCAAUUUGACUUCACACCAAACAUCUUCCCGACCUCUCCAAUCGCGCAGCAGAUGCACUCUCGCGAAGACCUGAUCUUUGCGCUAUGACACAUCAUGCCUUCGCAUUCGACGAGGAGCUCCAGCGACACUUCAUCAGGGGCUAUGAGUCCGAUCCAGACUUCGCCACGC